AUCGUCAAACAAGUUCCUGUUCUAUUCAACACGAUCUUUCUCUCUCUAGCUUUCGUUUCCAAGCCUCCAAAAUCGACUAGUACUCUUCCAAAACAAAAAAAUAAUGGGUCAACUGCACGUGGUCUUCUUCCCGUUGAUGGCUCCCGGCCACAUGAUCCCAACUCUUGACAUUGCCAAACUCUUCGCAACCCGUGGGGUCAAAUCCACCAUAAUCACCACUCCUCUCAACGCUCAUUACUUCACAAAAUCAGUAGAAAGAACCAAUCAACUGGGUUCCCAAAUGGGAAUCCUCACGGUCGAUUUCCCGGCAGCUGCCGCCGGCUUACCUGAAGGAUGCGAAAGUCUCGAUCAAAUAACUUCCGACGACAUGAUCCCCAACUUCUCCAAGGCCACCGCCAUGCUGCAAGACCCGCUGGAGAGGAUUCUCGACAAAGUCCGACCCGACUGCCUCGUCGCGGACAUGUUCUUCCCCUGGGCCACGGAAGCCGCAGCGAAAUUUGGCAUUCCGAGGCUGGUUUUCCACGGGACUAGCUUCUUCGCCCUCUGUGCUACGGAGAAUAUGAGGUUAUACAAGCCUCAGAGAGAAGUUUCGUCCAAUGAUGAGACCUUUAUUGUGCCUCGUCUUCCUCAUCAAAUUAAGCUCACGAAAAUGCAAGUGCCAGAGUACGAACGAAGCGAGUCCGAAACAGACUUCGCCAGAAUAGCUGUAAAUAUGGAAGAGUCGGAGUUAUUAAGCUAUGGAGCUAUAGUCAACAGCUUUUACGAGCUUGAAAGAGAGUAUGCUGAUUAUUACCGGGACGUUUUGAAAAGAAGGGUUUGGCAUAUUGGACCCGUUUCGUUAUGCAAUCGAGAAAUAGAAGAUAAAGCACAGAGGGGUAAAGAAGCAUCGAUCGACAAACACGAGUCAUGUUUAAAAUGGCUUGGUUCGAAGAAACCCAAUUCGGUGAUAUAUAUCUGUUUCGGAAGCUUGGUGAAAUUCGAUGUUUCUCAGUUGUACGAGAUCGCAAUGGGUCUUGAAUCUUCAGGGCAACAGUUCAUCUGGGUUGUGAUGAGAGGGGAAAACGAAAACGAAAGUGAAGAGUGGUUACCAGAAGGGUUUGAAGAAAGGAUGAAAGACAAGGGUUUAAUUAUUAGAGGGUGGGCCCCCCAAGUGUUGAUUCUUGAUCACGACGCGGUGGGCGGUUUCUUGACUCACUGUGGAUGGAAUUCAACAUUGGAAGGGAUAAGCGCCGGAGUUCCGAUGGUGACAUGGCCGAUGUUCGCGGAGCAAUUUUAUAAUGAGAAGUUAGUGACAGAGGUAUUAAGGAUCGGGGUUAGUAUUGGGGCUCUUAAGUGGAAUUUUUUUACGGUAAGUGGUGUGGUGAUGAGGGAGCAGAUUGGGAAGGCGGUUCGGCGUGUCAUGGUGGGUGAAGACGCUGAGGAGAUGAGGAAUAGAGCCCAGGAAUUCAAGGAAAUGGCAAAGAAGGCGGUUGAGGAAGGCGGAUCGCACACUAAUUUGAAUGAUCUUAUACAUGAAUUGAGUUCUUAUCGGGUUUGAGAUGCUGAAGUUGGAUUUGGUAAUGACAAAUGAAUGCUAAAAACUAGUUGCUUUUGUUUUUGUUUUUGGUCCGUAAA